ACAGUCUGAUUGUGAAAUCAAAAAUAGUCUGAAAUUCGAAACGAUAAAGAUCUUUGAUCCCGCACAUAUAUAGAGUAAGGUAAAUACCAACAAAUAGCACAGAUGAUGCAGAAACAACGUUCACCCUACACCGGCGGCGGACUCAAUUUACAGCAGCUGAAGGCGACGGCUUUCAAGGAGCCGGAGACCCUUAAAGAAAUGCCCUUUCUGGCACAGUUCAUGUCCUGCGCCGCAUCGAAAAGAUAUGCGGAUCGUGGUCAGCGCAGCGGAACUCCCCGCAGCAACAACUGCACCUACGAGGGUGACAUAGUGUCGCCAAUGCAAUUGGUCGAGUCGAGUAAAUGGCAACCGCAGAUGGCUUACAACUGCAACAACAACCACAAUAUGGACCAACAAAUGAUGCCAAUGCGUCGUCUCCACACUGAGGAGGAGCCCGUUCUGCAGCAGUGUAGCAGCUACAACAGCAACUACAUCAACAACAAUAACAACUACAACAACCAGAACAACAACAACAAUAAUAACUACAGCUACAGCAAUAGCAACAAAAACCGAAGCAACUAUCAGAGCGACACGGAUUCGGAGUUGGAGACGGAGUACCGCAAAAAUUCGCACACCUCCGAGUCGUGCAUCUUUCCAAAGGAUUCCCGUUGUCGUCGCGGCAUCGAGUACUUGAAGUCGACUAUGCAGCCACAGCGACAGAUGCUCAUGGAGGCGGCUAUGCAACGCUUCUGCGAGAAUACGUUCCUCAACCGGAUGCUUCUGCUGCUGCAGCUGUUCGGGAUUUUGGCCACGGGUGCAAUUGUGCAUGGCGUCCGUCUGGGCAUCAAUCUUACCCAGCGAAGCUUCCGGCUGCUGCACUGCAAAUUUAAGUUGCGCAGUCUUCUGCGCAAGUUGCUGUGGAGCCUGGCCGGUGCCAAGGGGGACGAUGCACUGCUCUUUCUGGGCGUCUUGAUAAUCUCGCCGUGGCUAUUUCUCAUUGGCCUCGUCGGAUUUAUCAUCUCGUCUGUAUUACAUUUCAAGGAAGUAUUGGGCACAAUUAUGCUCAAUUAUGUUUUCAAGUAAACAUUGAGAGCGACUUCGGGAGAGAUUUUCAAGAUAGAGGGGGACAGAGAGGCAUGCAGAGAGAGAGAGAGAGAGAGAGAGAG